AUGAAUGGACACAACGAAGGAGUUCCAUCAAGUAAUGAAGAGAGAUUUAGCCGAUUUUUGGAAUAUAGAGGAAUAAAAAGAGUACCUAAAUCUACUGAUCAACAUGACGAAGAAGCUCAAUCUCCUAGAGAAGCCCCGAGUUACAGUCUAUUUUCUAGUAGUGACGAUGAAUCAGCCAUUGAGGCAAACAUUAAUGCUGAAAACCAUAACCUAGGCAUUUUUGAUGUUGAUAAUAUAGAUAUUGAUAUGAACGAUGAAAGAGUAAUUGACUAUUUUGGACUUAGCCGACUAGAAGAAAAUCCUGAUGCAGACGAAUUCUACACUGAAAGAAGAGAGAGCUUUACUUCUGAUAAUUUUAAUGAGGUAGAUUUAGGGAUUGAUGAAAGUAAUGAGGCUAGCACAUGCAUUGAUAAAGAAAUUCAAUAUGUUGCUUUCAACAAAUUUGGAGACCGAAGAUACGGAAAUAAUUCUAAGGAUCGUAUUAGGUAUGAACCUAUCGAAUCAGAGAACAUAAAUAAUAAGUUUCCACUUAACAGUCAGAUAGCAUAUGUUAAUUGGGAAGCUCAUGACUCAAUUACUCGGAAGGAAAUUGCAACCUCCAGGGGUUUUGGUAACAAUAAUGUUCACAGUGAUGACGAUAAUAAUAUGAAUGAUAAUGAUAAUGAUAAUGACAAUGACAAUGAAAAUACUACUACUACUGAUAGUACUGAUAGUACUAAUACUAAUACUAAUAAUAAUAAUAAUAAUAAUAAUAAUGAAAACAGCGAAGAGAAGCAUAAUAUUCAGAAUACAUUUAAAGCUGUAAGUAAAGACAAGGACUUUGAUAAAAAGAGAACACUUGAUAAAAAUGAAGAAUACUACGGAAUGCAGGACUCAAGUUGCAAAACCAAUGGCGGUAUAUAUAAUCCACUUAGGUCUGAAUUCACUGCAAUUGAAGAUUCCGACCCAACUAGACUUGUUAUUUUACCCCCAGCUCAAAAAUAUAGGGAUCUGAUAGAAUUGGAAGCUUUAGGUGUCAAGAAGUUAAUGAGUCUUGAUAAUGUUAGAAAAUAUAAGAAUAAUAUAAGUACAAUUAUAUCUGAUUCUUAUGGAAAUGAUUUUCUUGUCACUUGUGCCAAUUCAGAUAUAGUGAUAUUUGAUUUUGAUUCAAUAUCCCAAUUGCCGAACCACUACCCCGUAUUACGUUUUGAUACAAAGCCUACGUUUACAUCUACUACUGAUAGACUAAUUUCUACAUGGCCAUACUUCCCGCAUACCAUAAACUUCUUGAAAACUGAUACAUGGCUAGGUAAGCCAGUAUUAAGUGCUUGUCUCGACGAUGGCACUUUAAUGAUAUGGUACGUAGAGACUAUAACGGCGCAAAUAGUAAAAUUUGGUUUAACUAAAAACAGCAAAGUCAGUAACAUGGAUCCCGAUGAUGCGUAUACAAAUCAAAAUAGAUUUUAUGGUAUCAAGAUAAAGCCAGACUUUAAAUUGAAAAUGGAAGCAUCUCUUUGGGGUUUGGAUUUUUUAUCUUAUGGAGAUGAUACAGAGAGCACGCAUAAUUUAAUAGUAGCUUCUGAUAACUCUCAAAGUAUUGUCUUAUUCUACUACCACGAACAAGAUGAAAGGUUUUAUCAUAUUAAAAGUCACCAAGUAUUGCAUAAUAUACCAGAGGUUUCAUUUUUGUCCUCAGAGAUUCAGAAUGAUGUUCAUACAAUCAAAGUUACCUGUGCGUCUAUUUCAGGAGAAUUGAUAAUAUUCAAAUUUAAUUUCAAAUUAAACAAUGGACCACUUGAUAAAGAUGAAUAUGAGUAUUUUAGGAAAGAAGCUAUAUACUACGUAGAUGCUACGAUGGCUCAAAUAGAGAGUAGACGAGAUAACAGGCUACCAGAAGAAGAUUUGAGAGAAACAGAGUUAAAAAUGAAACGGUUUCACCGGGUGGUGUUCAACAGUCCAACAGUAAUAACUAGAGUGCUACUUGGUGAAGAUUGUUGGACUUGUAAGCCAAUCUCGUCUAAUGCAUUCAAGCAUGUUCAAUCCAUAAGAGCUAUGACAGGAGAUCAUAGGAUAAACGAAGAGCAGGAAAUUGAACAUAUAAUGAACGAGUCUGAAAUACUUGACUUCCAAUAUGACCCAUUGAAAACAAGUCACUUUGGUUUAAGUGCACGCUGGCAAUUUUUCGAAAGUCUGGUUUUAACGCUUACAACUAAAUUGUCAGAAAAUCAAGAUUCGACACUUGAAUCGGCAAAGCUUACUGGGGUUGAUGAUGACUAUAGAAGAAUUCAUAAGGGCAUUGAGAGCUUUGUAUCUAACAUUCAGCAAAAACAUAUAGCAAAGAAAAAAUCACUAAAUGGUAAGUCUUAUUGGCCUUUAGAUACAUCGGCCACUAAUAUGCUCGCCGUGUCUACUUCCAAAAAAUUGGGUCUUUUCAGAGCUGAUACAUUAUUUUGUAAUUCGGCCACUAAGAAAGUAUUUGAUUUAUCAAUUCCAUUUAGUGAUGAGAGUAAAUUCUCAAAUAGAAUCUCAAUCACACAUAUAAUUCCUGCAUUACUGUGUUUCAUAUCUGUCACCCAACAAGGCCUAAUAAGCAUUAUGCGAUUAUGCCAACACAGAGGGUUAUAUGGAAUGAGACAAGAGCAUAUUUUUCCUAAUGCAUUAAGCUUAGCAUUGGGUUCUCGUGGGUACAGAACGAUUGCUGGUUUAGCAAUCAGGGAUAUGUCCUUCCCGACAUUACCUCGCUAUUUUAUUUAUGUUACCUAUACUGAUGGAAUCAUUGUUGCUUACAAGUUAUCAGUGAAUAGUCUUCAGGACUUGGUUCUUCAGGUGUGA